GAAGCUGCUAGCAGAGCUAGCUUGUUGUUCUGGUGUGUGAGGAGAAUAUUUGAGGCUCUGCAGUAAAAAUGUCUUCACUUCAGUCUCUGGGAGAGUUGAUCAGCUAAAGCGACUAACUGCUGCUGCUGCAGAAAUCUUCUCACCAGGCUGUGGAAACUUUCUUCUCCUCCUCAACAACUUGGUGGAGUUCUUUCCAGAACCGGAGAAGAUAUUCUGCGGUCUUCGUGACAAUCGGAGCUUCAGAAUCAGGUUGUGGCUGUUAGCUAAACACGGCUAAAGAAAACCUGCUACCACUUCAGGAUCUGGGACUGAUUCAUCGUGUGUUCUUCACCACCUGGACCUGGACAGCAUGGACACAGAUUUUUAUCAGGUAGUUUUGGUUAAAGAAGAAGCUCCUGAAGAACAGAGUGCUGAUGUAGACCAGCAGAAUCCAGAAAGUCUUCACAUAAAGGAGGAACUCUGGGCGAGUCUAGAGGAACAGCAGCUUCAUUUGAAGGAGGAGACUGAUGGUAUCAGGUUUCCAUUCACUGCAGUUUCUAUAAAGAGUGAAGAUGAUGAAGAGAAACCUCUGUUCUCACAGCUUCAUCAGAGACAAAUAGAAGACAGAGAUGUCCCAACCAGCAGCUCAGCUGACCAGAUAACAGCAGAGACUGGUGGAGGAGCAGAAACUAGCAGGAACCAAGACCUGGACCCUCACGAACAGACUUUUGAUUCUUCAGAGACAGAAGUUAGUGGAGAUGAUGAGAAAGACGAUGAUGAUGAUGAUGAUGUGAAUCCAGACUGUGAGCUAUCUGACUCUGAGUCUGAAACUGGGGACAACGACAAUGACUGGAAUGAGUCAGGUGUUAAGUCUGUCAACAAAUCCUUUAGCUGCCCUGAGUGUGGUAAAGUGUUUCUCCACAAGUGGUCUCUCCAGAAACAUGUGAGAGUGAAAGGUCAUUCAGCAAUAAGGUCUUCAGGCUGUUUGGUUAAUAGGAAAAGCGUUAAAGUGAAGCAACAUGUAGACUCAUGCCGUAAAGUCCAAAAAGAACUAACAGCAUAUAGUUGUAAUGACUGUGGGAAAAUAUUUAAUAAUAAAUCAAAUUUAAACAGACAUGUUAGGCUCCACACAGGACAGAAACCUUUUACCUGUGGACUGUGUGGACAAAGAUUUAGCCAAAAAGCACAUUUAAAGGGCCACAUGAGCAUACAUACAGGACAGAAACCUUUUACAUGUGAACUGUGUGGACAAAGAUUUAGCCAAAAAGCACAUUUAAAGGGCCACAUGAGCAUACACACAGGACAGAAACCUUUUACCUGUGAACUCUGUGGACAAAAAUUUAGCCAAAAAGCACAUUUAAAGGGCCACAUGAUCAAACACACAGGACAGAAACCUUUUACCUGUGAACUAUGUGAAAAAAGAUUUACUCAAAAGGCUUAUUUAAACAGUCACAUGAGAGUCCACACAGGACAGACACCUUUCGUCUGUGAGCUCUGUGGACAUAGAUUUACUCAAGAGGCAAGUUUAAACUAUCACAUCAGAGUCCACACAGGACAGAAACCUUUUGCCUGUGAACUCUGCGGACAAAGAUUUACUCAAAAAACAAGUUUAAACAUUCACAUGAGCGUCCACACAGGACAGAAACCUUUUACCUGUGAUAUAUGUGGACAAAGAUUUAUCCGAAAAGCACAUUUAAACAGACAUGUGAGAGUCCACACAGGACAGAAACCUUUUACCUGCGAGCUAUGUGGACAAAAUUUUACUCAAAAGGCUAAUUUAAACAGUCACACAUUAGUCCACACAGGGCAGAAACCUUUUGUUUGUGGACUCUGUGGAAAAAUGUUUACUCAUAAGCGAAGUUUAAACAAACACUUGAGCGUCCACUGUAGAGAUGGAAAGAUUCACUGACCUCAAUCGGUCAACUGACCAGCCAACCACACAAGACAGCAGGCGCUUACACAUUAGCAUCAGCACGGUCUGGGUUUGGUCGGGCUGGAUGGCGUGAGUUUGGGCUGGUACGGGCGGUGUAGUGUGCACAUAUAAUCUGAGGGACUUCUCAGGAUUGCGGAAAUCCCUGAGCCUGUGGGUGGUGCUUAAUACGCGCAGGAAAGUCCGCUCCAUAAGGUAAACAAAAGGCGGACAUGAGCUGUGUUACUUUUGGAGACUCUUAACCACAUUUUUUUAGUAAUUUGCCAUGUGUCCUCAUAAUCUUGUGCCACACACACACACACCUAUUUCUCCCCUGAGCAGCUUUCUGCUCGUCACGGCAAGAGAGCCGAUGCGGAGAAUAGAAGUACGCACACAUUCACACACACAAAGCUAUUCUUUUCUCCCGUUCCCACACUUAACGACAGCUCCGGAUUGGCAGUUCCACGCUACAGACAGAAGGUUACUCAAAGCAUCCAGCAUGAAAAUGAACCACGCAUGCGGGAAUUAGAAUUAAAUUAGAAUUAGAAUUAGAAUUAAACUUUAUUGUCAUAGCACAUGUACAGGUACAGGGCAACGAAAUGCAGUUUGCAUCCAUCCAGAAAGUGCUUUAGCCGUGAUAUAGAUGUAUUAAAAUAUAUUUUAGCAAUAAUAUAGAUGUGUAAGUAUAUUACAGAAAUGCAUCUAUGACGUAUGUUAUAAUGUACACGGUGUGAAGUAUGUUAUGAAUAUUCUAUGACUAUAAGUAUGUACAGGCUGUAGUUAAUACAAGCAGAAUUCCCCCGCUGGCUCAUUCUUAUCGCAGAUCGGAGGCAGUAGGCAUAAUUUCAGCCGGCCAAUCAGUCCGUAGUGUCGCCUCGGUCCCAGUCUGACCGCUUGGGAGAAGAUCUGAGAAAAAGAGUCACCUCGGCACCGAAAACGCAAAUCUGACCUGUGUGAAACCAAAUCCCAGUGCCGUUCGAUACAUUUUGGUGCAGUGCCGACGCUAAUGUGUAAGCGCUACUAGUUUGAGCGUGGGUGUCGUACAAAUGACGGCUAUAUCGCAAUGUAUCCCCCCCCCCCCCCCCCCCCCCCCCGAGUCCCGAUCCGAUACUUCCGAUACAUAAGAAAAAUAAGGAAGAAGCAGUUCCAGAAUGUUCCCUAUGUUUUAGUUAAUUACCUUUUUAUUUUAAUUUUUAACAACAGAUCACUUCUGUGAGGUAGCUUGAACUAUCAAGUAAUAAAUAACGUAAAUUCUUCACUUUUGGACUUUAUUGCAAAUAUAAAAAGUCUAAUAUAAAAACAGAUAGCACUUCAACUUAAAAUACCUGGCAGGGGUCUAUUUUGCCUCGGCCCCCAAAAUGCUUAGAUACAUCCCUGGGCAUGGGACAGAGUUUUGAAGAUGAUCUGAAUUGUAUCAACUAUAUAAAUACUACAGGCUGGUAAAUUAUUGCUUUAUACAGGUACAAACGUGUAGUGGGAUAAAUCUACCUGCAUUUUUUUUUCAAACUUUUGUUUUCUUGGUUUUUAUUUUCCUAUCUUCCUGUUGUAGGGUAUUACUACAUUCUAGAAUCACACUGUUUGCUAUCAGUUGUAGAUUCUGGGAAAAGAUCCAAACGAGUUAACAAUGAAGCUUCUAUUAUAUAUAAAUAUCUAGGAUAUUAUAUAUAUAGAUAGAAGUUCACACACCAACCUGUUUGGUCUAUUUUUAAUCCAAAGAUUAAUGUUUAAGAUAAUUAAAUUUAAUAGCAAAAGUUUAUUUUUGAAUCAAAAGGAAUCUUUGCUUUUUCAAUAACCAGAAAUAUUUAUACCUUUCUGUGUUUCAUUUCAAAGAAUGAGGCAAAGUAUAAAAAAGAAGAAUUUAUUACUAACAAUUUUAAACUUGACGAUUUGAAAUGACAAUUCAUGAAUGACAAUUUAACAGCUUUGAUAUUAAACUUGUUUAAAAGGCAAACCUGUGACUGACUGAAAGCUAAAUUGAAAAUACGAGUUUGGAUGCGUGGAUGAAUUCUCAGAAGGUUUCUUUCAGAGAGAGAAGCGCAUUCUGGGUUGAAAUGAUGGUUUUGCAGCUAACUGUUGUUACUUAGAGAAAACAGCAUCAGACACAAUCUGUGUGCUACCUCACCCAGCAAGACGACCCUUCGUGAGGUCAAGGGAGGAUGGUGUCAGCCUCCAGGUACUCGGUCCGGUAGAGGAGACUCGAGGAACCGACUCUCUGGUCCGAAGAUGUCGCCGGGUACACAGUGUCUAGCGUCUGGCUUAACUCUGAAGGAGUUUCUCUAUUUAUCUUUUUCCAGCCAGGGCCCCGAGUUCUGCAAAAGCUCACAGCUCAUGCUAAAUAACCAUCGUGUGGGGAAUCAAACCAGAUUUUUAGUGGAAUCAUUUCAGCAGCAUAUCAAUUAUUAUUUUCUCAAUUCAACACCCACUCAUCAGACGUGAAACCCUCCACCCUCAGCCACAUGGGUGGCUGAGGGUGCCCAGAAGCCCGCUCACUCCCUCUGCAGGACGGCUUCACCUGCAGACCGGAUCUCCAAGAGCUUCCAUGAUCUAGGUUGCGUAGACUGAACAACGACGUCAGAGUGGUUGAUAUAAAUUUGAUAACUUGUUAAAUUUCAUCCAACAAACAGCCAAAUUGAUAUUAUAAACCCAGACAUCACACCUUUCUGAGUCACUUUGAAAAAGUCUUAAAUAUAAAAGGUCGUGUUUCACCAGAGUUCAUUCUUUGUUUCAUUUGAUAUCACUGUUAAUCACCAUUCAUAAUCAUUUGCCUUUCAUCAUCAUUAAUAUAAUAAUAAAUAGAUUUUUAUAAACUGUAUUUUUGUCUCCGUGUCAAAUUAUUAUAAAGUGUUGUUUUCCUGGAUUAACCAAAUUACCUAGUUUCAUCGGCAAUCAAAUAUUAAAGGCUCAAUAAUAUUGAUAAUCCAUAUUUUUAUGGAAUAUUACAUUUUAUUGAAUACCUUUUUAUUUUAUUGACAAUUUGUUACAAGUAACCACUUACAAAA